GCGGCCCGCAGCACCAGCCGCGGCACGGCAACGCCGGCCCGCAGCACCACGCCGCCACGGCGGGCACCGGGGGCUCGGAGGAGUGGCCGUCGACGCGGAACGUUCGCGGCGGCCUGCGCGAGCAGCCCGACGCCGAGGAGGACCGGAAGCUCGCCGAGGCGGCGCCCCCUCGCGGCGCGGAGGCGGGCUGGCCGAAGCGGAAGCCCGGCCGGCACGCGGGCGGCCUAGGCAACGUGCCGGCGCCCUCCGUCCGGCGCAGCCCGGACCCGGACGCCUGGCAGCAGGAGGACGCGCUCGACGUCGCCGCGCGCCCGAUCCAGCUUGGCGGCGGCUUCGGCGGUGGAGCCGCCCCCUGGGGCGCCGGCGACUGGCAUGGCCUGGGCCACGGCGGCGGCGGCGGCCCCAGCCCCGGGGGACAGGCGGAGCUGGCUCCAGUCCGAGACCCGCGGGGGCUGCCCUUCGAAGUCCGGGCGAACUCGCAGCCGGCCCGCGACCAGCGGAUGCUCGGCGGCCUGGGCCGCCGCGGCGACCUGUCUGCGCGGAGCGCCCCAGAGGCGCCCGUGAGGGCAAGCCGCAUCCGUGGCCCGGGCCAGCUUCCUGUGAAGACAGGUCCGGAGAUGCUGAGGCCGCGCGCAGAGCUUCUUCGAGCCCACGAGUCUGGUCUCGGCGUCACCCCCACACGCUUCUACCACUCGGGGUUGGAGGAGGUCGUCCUCGUGGAGCCCAGCGGGCUGGGCGCUGGCCUCGGGGGCCUGCGCAGCACUGGCAGCUGUGCCAUGCCGACGCCGACUCCCCUGCCAUCGGGCGGCCUCGGGGUUGUCAGCGCACAGCCGCUGCCGCUGAGCAGGCAGCUCCCAGAGCUGACUCUCCGUGGCGGCCAGCGCUGCUGUCUGCUCCACUCGCUCGGCUUGGAGCUCGCGGCCCCGUGCCUGGAGCCGUUGAGUUCGGCUUGCUUGGCCCUGCGCGUGAGGUGGAACAACAUCGAGCUGUCGGACGACGAGGAGGACUUUCAUCCCAACAUCGACAAGGACUCGUGGAUCAGGCUGAAGCACCGCACCCACGUGGAGCGCGACGAGGACGAGAGCAAGAAGGAGGCCGAGCUGAAGAAGAAAGUGGCCAGAUUGAACGAAGACCUCAAGGCCUUUGGAGUGGCUGGCCAGGAGCACCUGAAGGCGCAGAAGAUCAGGCUGGCGGCAGAUGUGAACUUAGUGGAGCUUCUCAGAGAAUUCGUGGAGCAAUGUAACAUGCGCAGCAGAGGGCAGUGCGCCGUGGUCAGCCUACGAAGGAGGCGGAGGGCUUGGUCAAAUGUUGGCCCCCUCUCUGUAGAGGCCGCCGAGAAGGCUUCCCAGGAGGCAGACGGUCUUGAGAGAGGCCGGGUGUCCCCCCUCGCUCCGUCCCCCCUUUAG